AUGAAGUUCUUGUCUAUCCUCUUGGUUGGCAUCUUUGUCAUGUUGCAGAUGGGAAAUAUAGCGGCAGAAGAUGGUAUCUUCUGUGAUGAAUUGUCAUGCCAGAGUACCUGUACUCAAAUAUGUUUGAGUGCUACCUGUACCGGCACAUGUAUAAACGAUGUAUGCUACUGCAGUUGUAUUCCGAGAGCUGGAUCGUCAGCGAAGAAGCCUCAACAAAGGGAUGCUAAGAAACAAGGAUAA